AUGGCCAAAGAACACACUUCUCCCACGCCAACUACAACCUCUUCAUCAACCAACAAUGCAUCCGAUCACCAUGGAUCAAGUGCACAACCUAAUCAAGACAAGAUCAACAGCACCACCUCUUCUCCUAACAACAUGAGCAAUAACACCACCACCACCACAACUCGUAGUAGCCUAACAAGUACUCUGCAACAACAACAGAAUAAUUCCAUCAUGAUGGUCCAAUCUUCCGAUAAGAGUAUAAUACUGAACACAGAUUCUCAAUUCUCUCAUCAUCCACUCCAUACUGAUGAUCAAUCUCUCAAAUAUAUUUCAUGUGUUAUUGCAAGUGUAUUACUCUUAUUCAUGAUCAUUUACAUUCCAUCCUAUUAUCGAUUAGAUAUUAUUUUUAUUAUUUUACCAAUUUUGACACUCACUCUUCCCAUUAUAUUUUAUGAAAUUUACAGAAAAUUAAAAUCCAUGUAUUUGGAGCAUGUACAUGAACACUAUUCCUCUCUCUCAAUUAUUUAUUUAUUUUUAUUUACCUUUACUUGUGUAGUCAUGAUUAGUAGUUUACUAUUUUUCACGUUUGAAACUUUGGAACAUUCAUAUUAUGAUCAAAGAGAAGAAUUUAAUACCAAUACUGUUCUCAUACAAGAUUUACAAAAUGAAAUUUUAAUGAGUUGCAGUAGUGUCUCUGUAAAUUGUUGUGAAAAUGAAAUCAUUUCAUACAUUACCGAUCAUAUUCAAUCCAUUAAUGGAAUGGGCAAAUCAAUAGAUACCAAGACACAUCUUGGAAAGAAAUUUGUCAUUGAACAAGUAUUAUCAGUAUUGAGAAGACAUAAAGGUUUUGAGAGAUUUCAGAAAUUAUUUAAUUCUACCGUGACGAGUAGUACGAGUUUAAAUAGUUCUAAUCAGAAUUCCAAAGGUAACUCUCAAAAUAACAGUCACAAUGAUGACACUACCAUGAAUCGUGAUGAUUCAUCCAAUCAUCAGGUCAUGAUCACCAUGACAGUAGAUGGAAAUAUUCAUCCAACUCAAGACCAUCACCACCACGUGGCCAAGGGUUAUAAUGAUGAUACGAAACCAACAACGACAAUGAAAACGACAACAACAAGCACACUCUCACCUGAUCCAUCCUCUUUACCAACUGUGAAUAUUCAAUCAACAGCAAGAACACCAGUAUAUUGUUACAAAUACAAGUACACCAAUUUCAAACCAAUGAACAUUCAAAAGUAUAUCAAAUCUUACGAUUGGCAUGAUCGAGUACAGACUUUCUUUAAAAGAGUGAGUAAGGGAUUUGGAUUGACACAUGAUUAA